AUGUUCUAUGAUUUAUUUCAUCUCCUAAGAUAUCACAAAAAAUUUAGCAACCACUAUCACAAAUACCUCUUUUCUUACACAUCAGUAACUCUGAACAAAAAAAAAAACAUCCCUUCCCCAUUUAACGGAAAAUACUACUUUACCAAAAUGAGUGAAAAAAAGGAACACGUGUUGGAAGGCGAAAAAAAAGUCACCAAUAACCACCAAGCCAAGGAUAAGAAAAAAGAAGAAGAGGCAGAAGUUGACCCAAGGCUGUACUACGAGAACAGGUCCAAAUUCAUCCUUGAUCAGAAAGCUAAAGGAGUAAACCCAUAUCCACAUAAAUUCGAAAGGACAAUAAGUAUUCCAGAAUUUAUAGAAAAAUACAAAGAUCUGAAUAGUGGUGAACACUUAGAAGAUACAAUUUUAAACAUCACAGGAAGGAUAAUGAGAGUUUCAGCAUCCGGACAGAAAUUACGAUUUUUUGAUUUAGUUGGGGAUGGAGCAAAAAUACAAGUGUUAGCUAAUUACUCAUUUCAUGAUAAUAACAAAUCAAACUUUGCAGAAUCUUAUGAUAAAAUUAGACGAGGAGAUAUCGUAGGAAUUGUUGGGUUCCCAGGUAAAAGUAAAAAAGGAGAGUUAAGUAUUUUCCCAAAAGAAACUAUAAUACUUUCAGCAUGCUUACAUAUGUUACCAAUGAAAUAUGGAUUAAAAGAUACAGAAAUUAGAUAUAGACAAAGAUAUUUAGAUUUAAUGAUAAAUGAACCAACAAGAAAUGUAUUUAUUACUAGAACUAAAAUUAUUAAUUUUUUAAGAAAUUUUUUAAAUGAAAGAGGAUUUUUAGAAGUAGAAACACCAACCAUGAAUUUAGUGGCUGGUGGAGCAAGUGCUAAACCAUUUAUAACACAUCAUAAUGAUUUAGAUUUAGAUUUAUUUUUACGUAUUGCAACAGAAUUACCUUUAAAAAUGUUAAUUGUUGGAGGAAUAGAUAGAGUCUAUGAAAUUGGAAAAGUAUUUCGAAAUGAAGGUAUUGAUAACACACACAACCCCGAAUUUACUUCUUGUGAAUUUUAUUGGGCCUAUGCAGAUUUUUAUGAUCUUAUAAAAUGGUCAGAAGAUUUCUUUUCCAGUUUAGUUUUACAUCUAUUUGGUACUCAUAAAAUUUUAUAUAAUAAAGAUGGACCUGACAAGGAACCAAUAGAAAUUGAUUUCACUCCACCAUAUCCAAAAGUUUCACUUGUUGAAGAAUUAGAAAAACUAACGAACAUCACAUUAGAGCAACCAUUUGAUUCUCCUGAAACAAUUAAUAAGAUGAUAACAUUGAUCAAAGAAAACAAAAUUGAAAUGCCAAAUCCACCAACUGCAGCUAAAUUAUUAGAUCAGUUAGCAUCACAUUUUAUAGAAAAUAAAUAUCCACAUAGACCCUUUUUUAUUACUGAACAUCCACAAAUUAUGAGUCCUCUAGCCAAAUAUCACAGGUCAAAACCAGGAUUAACUGAAAGGUUAGAAAUGUUUAUAUGUGGUAAGGAAGUUCUAAAUGCUUACACAGAAUUGAAUGAUCCCUUUAUCCAAAAAGAAUGCUUUGCAUCACAACAAAAGGAUAGAGAAAAAGGGGAUUCUGAGGCUUUUCAAUUUGAUGCUGCUUAUUGCACAUCUUUAGAAUAUGGACUUCCCCCCACCGGUGGCUUAGGAUUAGGCAUAGACCGAAUUACUAUGUUCUUAACUAACAAAAAUUGUAUCAAGGAUGUUAUCUUGUUUCCUACCAUGAGACCUGCAAAUUAA